CGGUUACGGAAAAAGGCCGGCGCGACGACUUGACGAGACAUGGGUGCACCGGCCGGGCUACUCGCCGAGUGCCAGAAGCUGCUCGAGGCGUCGCCGUUCGAGUACAACCAGAGCUUGGCCCCGCACGUGCCAGCUGUGUGGCGUGGCCUGAGCACGUACAUUGCGCGCCAGCUGCAGCAGCACCGCGCGAUCUUUCUCCCGGCCUUUGGCAAGUUUACCUUUCUCAAAGGCAAAGACGACGCGCCGGCGUUCCUCUUUUCCGACAAAUUUUUGAAGGCGCACCCGCGCAUCGUGACCAAGCGACCGCUGCCGGCGCUCACGGUCCACGGCGCCGACGCCAACUACUCGACGGUCGCGGCCGAGGCGAGCGUCAUGAAGGACCAAGCGCAGUCGAUCGUCGAGAGCCUCUUUCAGCUACUGGGUGAUGUGACCGAGGCGGGCACGCGCUCGAUGCGCAUAGCGUUUGGAAAUCUCGGGCACAUCACGGUCGACGGCCGGAGUUUGCACUUUCGCUUUGACCCAGGAUUUGUGAUGCAAUGUGGGACAUCGCCCGCCGUGCACACGCCGCCGAUCGCAACGCGCACCGUGCUAGAGACGCUCGAGCACAUGGCAGGUAUCGCCAAGCCGGCGCCGACGCCCGUCCGUGACCCGACCCCGCUCUUUACCGUUCACACUGCCACGCCAAAGCUCCGCGACGAGGCGCCGACUGUGACCGUUGAGAGCGGCACCAAAACAAAGCCCAAGCGACGCACCAAGCAGCCGUCGCCACAGCUCGUCAAGUGCGCGUCCGAGUCCCUCGUCAGCUUUGCAGCGCAGCAUACGGAAGCCCCGAGCAUUCUGCCGCGCUUCCUCAUUCCUGACUACCCGCGUGCGAGUCCCGUGACGUCGGCGGUCCAACGGCUCAUUGUCGAGCAAGCGUACAAGCGGUUAGACGAAGAGAAAGCGGCCAACGUCGACCGCAAGCUUACACUGGAUCAGGACUAUGACGCCCGGUUCCGCAACACUGAAUAUCGAACGCUCAAGCAGCGCGCCGAGAAGGCGCUGGCGCAGCGCGAGACGACAGCGACUUUGAUGCUGCAGACGCUCGAGAAGCAGCGGGCGGCACUGCCGUUGCCCGAGCCGUACGUCCCACUGACCGUGCUGCCCACCGCCAAGGUGCGCACCAAAGCCGAGGAAAAAGCUCGAAAAGCUGUGCUGCGCAAGCAGCUCGACGACCAAGUUGCGACGCAGACCCGGCGCGACGAGAUGCAGAGUCGCGUCCAGCGCGACGAAGAGCGCUUCUUCUUAGAGAACGUCCACCGACAAGACAAGCGCGAGCGACACGAAGCUGCGGUGCAGCGCCAGCUCGACAAGGACAUGCUUCUCACGGAGUGGAGUCGCCAGGUGCAGAAAAAGUAAAUACACCAGUGGCAAAGACGAGUCACCAUCAUUCGAAU